AUGGGCGCCGACGGACAGAUGACAGAGCAAGAGGUCUCCUGGCCGCCAACCAACGAGCAGGAUGCGGAAGCCAAGCAGGCGUUUGUGGACGCGAUCGACCCAGCGGCCGUCUGCGGUCUUGCGUCGCGGCUCGGCGGCGGGCGGGCGUGCCGGACGUUCCAAGAGCCAGCGCGGGGCAGCUUCAACGUGUGCUUCUUUGUGGAGCUCGCAGCGACGGACGGGGCAGCCGAGACGCGAUGGGUGGUGCGGGUGCCGAUUGGGCCGGCGCUGCACGAUGUGCGGGCCAAGGUGGAGAGCGAGGUGGCGACGAUGCGAUACGUGGCGAGCAAGACGACGAUUCCAGUGACCCGUGUACAUGGCCACGGCCACGACGUGGCGCUGGGCCGGUCGCCAGAUGAUGAGGCCCGGCAGUGCAGCUUUCUGGUGGUGGACUUUGUGGCUGGCGAGCCGCUGGACCUGGCAGCCUUUCUGGACGACACGCCGGCGCGCCAACACCGCCUCUACAGCCAGCUGCUCGACGUGCUAGCCCAGCUGCGCGGCCUCACCUUUGCCACAGGCGGUUCGCUGAUGCCGGGACCGGAUGCCGGGCCCGAGGCUGACCCCAUCGUCGGCCCUCUGCAGUGUACCGGCUACAACGAGCUGCAGCGGCUGACGCGUGGCCAUACCUCGACCUCGACAACGCUUGGCCCUUACCGCACGGCUGCCGACUUUGUCCUGGCACAGCUGCAUGUGCUGCAGGCUGCCUUUGAUGUACCCAUGGCCAGCGCCUCGCUGGCGAACCUGCGCAUGGAGGCGUUUGCGCUGCACGACCUGCGCGGCCGGCUGGUCGACGUGCUGGACCAGCAAGGACACGAACACGACCACCACACGUUUGUUCUGGCCCACACAGACCUGCGGUGGUCCAACAUCAUCGUGGACGAGCAUCUGACGAUCCGGGGCAUCAUCGACUGGGAGUGGAGUGCGGCCGUGCCGCUGCUGUUCUUCCAGCCGCCAACCUGGCUGGCCGGACCGUCGCCCUGCUACGUCGCUAGCCUGGCGUACGAGAAAGCGUACGAACAGUUUCACGGGGUACUGGAGGACAUGGUCGGUGGCCAUGGUGGCGACGAGUGUGGUCACGGUGACAAGGCCCACGCUGACAAAGUCAAAGAUGACAAAGCCAAUGCUGACAAAGCUGGCGAUGCUCGUCUCAAGCACCACUACAGCCUCCUGCAAUCGACUUGGGAUGUCGGGCUGCCCGGCCGUAUCGACCUCGCCCUAGCCGUCAUCCUGCAGCAGCACCACCACCUCGUGCCAGCCUACUACUUCUCCGUCUUCCCACGCUUCCACGACAUCACCCGCAGCCGCCACCACAUGCCGCCAGCCAUUGUCGCCCGCCUGCUGGCCCUCGAUGCCGAUGUUGGCGGCCCGCUCACCCGUGACGUCGCCCGUCGCUGGCGUGUCGCUUACGCCUUCCGCCGCCAUCUCGACGCCGCUGGCCUCCUGAUUGAGUACGAGCUCGCGCCCGAGACCCGUGUGUGGCUGGCCGAAAGAGACGGCGCCCACGCCGACAUGCUCGAGGAUGCGCUAUGCGAGCAGCAGCAUGAUCGCCACGACCGCUCGCCAGCCCAUGACUUUGUCCGCAUGCUGCUCGAGUCCGUGCUGCAGGCGUCGAUCCAGCCGCGCAACGUCGAGCCGCUACUGAACAGUCCUGUGCUGAGCUGGGCCGGUGCUCCGAACCCGAAAGAGACGCGGAAGCAGCAGAUGAAGACGACCGGAUGA